AUGGGAGCAGCCGCCACCACCGACUCCAGUCCUGCAUUUUCUGGCGCUCGGCUACCAGCCGGACCGGCGGCAGCAGCGGCGGCCGUCAGCACCCGGCUGCGCCGCGAGUCCGCGCCGCUGGCCGACUACCUGUUCUCCCGGUCCGAGGCCGGCUGUACACACACGCAGCUCAUCGAGGGCGUCGAGACGCUCAGUGGCGGCGAGGUGUGCGGCCGGUUUUUCUGCAUGUACCCGCGGCGCAGUUUCCAGCUGGUGCGCUGGCUGGCCGGCUGGCUGCGCCGGGGCGCCGUGCCGGUGGCCACGCUGAACCUCCAGCGGGGCGUGCCGCCGCAACAGACCGUGCCAGACGCCUGGCAUCACCAGAUGGCCUUCGGAGUCGGGCCGCAGGGAGUGUACCUGACCAACCCGCUGGAGUGCGUGUCGGCCUCCCUGCUCGGUGAGCAGCUCUCGAGCGACUCGGUGCUGCUGGUCCGCAGUGAGGACGUCACCGCUCGAUGGCGGCACGGCUGCUCGCUACAGCCGCUCAUGACGGCCGAGGACCCGCGCUGGAGCAACAUGAACGUGCUAGGCCAGGUGGUGAACGUGCUCCGCGAGGCGUCCGACCCGCCGCCGCCGGGCGUGCGGCGCGCGCUGGCCGCGCACGUCACCAUCCCGGCCUGGUACCGCUCGGGCGUGACGCUGUUCGUGCGCCGCUCCUCGCCGCACUGCGCCGACCUGCUGCGCGAGCCCGAACUGCCGCGACUCGAGGACUGCUAGCCGGCCAGCGACUAACGACAGCCGAAACUCAGCCGCCGCACCAGCCCGCAGCGCCUGGUCGGACUUCGCACGUGAAAAACUGCAGGAUUUCGAACGGGAAAAUCAUCUGUGAUGGAAUGUUUCUUAAUUCUUGGAUUGGUUGUAAUGCGGUGAAAGAAACUGAACAGUGGAAGGUUCUGGAGCUUUCGAUUUAUGAACGCCUUGUGGGUCGCUGUAGGCGGAGUGUGGCACUCUGAGAAAUUGUGCUGCUGUGCGGCGGGCGCCGGUCGUUUUUCGCAGCGGACCGGUCCGAGUCGCUCUCUGCCAUGUCUCGUGCUGCCAAGUGUGUACCGGCCGUCGGGAAGAUGGGUCCUUCAUUGUUUGUGUAUAUUGCAGAUCAUAUAUUUAUGUGCGCCGUAAUGCUCUAUGCAAAGUGUGUUUGUGUAAAUAUAACCCGCCAUAUCGA